AGCUGAUUGUGCGAGUGUGCCAACCUCACAGCCUGUUGACUCAUCUGUCGUUCUGGCAGACUAGUUCGUAGUGUGUGUGUGUGUUUCUGUCUGUCUAAGCAUGUCUACGUAAGCAGAGGUGUUGAAAGGGACUCUGAGUCAGGUCUCUGCUGAGAGAAGAACUGAGCCUAAACCACACUGGACCAAACCUGGAUUACCUUCAAGCUCAAGGCUACUGUGAAAAUUGUGCUUGGGGCUCAGUGUCUGGCUAAAAUGGGCAAAAGUGGAGGGCCCCGUUCCAUCACGCACAGGAGAUAAUGGCUGCUAAGAAGAUGUAUGAGUGAACAUCCUGUCUCCAUUCAUUCAUUCAGACAGGAGGCUCGACCUUCCCGCUUGAAAAGGUUCUCAAGAUUCCCCCCCCCCUUCCCAAAGUAGUCUACCCCGGAAUUGCUAUGAAGGGACUACGUCAUCCAGCAGGCGGAGUAGUUAACAUGGUCGGCAUCCCUGGAGCUUUUCAAUACCGAGACAAGAAGAGGUCUGCCAUGCCUGGUUCUCCUGUGGAUGUCAAAGCUCAUUCCAGACCAGCGCCUUCUGCUAUGCCCCCUCUGCCCUCUGCCAACCCCAGCGGGCCUCGCCCCGUCUCCUUCCCUUCUGCCACACUGACCAAUGGGAUUAAUAACUCCCCACCUACUUUGAAUGCAGUUCCCUCCCCGCCCCAGCACUAUAGCAACGGGCCGGCGUCAUCCUCAUCAUCUCUGGCCAAUCAGCAGCUGCCCGCCACCUGCGGGGCCCGGCAGCUCAGCAAGCUGAAGCGUUUCCUGACGACGCUGCAGCAGUUCGGGAGCGACAUCUCGCCGGAGAUCGGGGAGAGCGUGCGCAGCUUGGUGCUGGCGCUGGUGAACUCCACCGUCACCAUCGAGGAAUUUCACUCCAGACUACAGGAGGCGACUAACUUCCCCCUGCGGCCGUUCGUCAUCCCCUUCCUAAAGGCCAACCUACCCCUCCUGCAGAGGGAGCUCUUGCACUGCGCCCGGGCCGCCAAGCAGACGCCCGCCCAGUACCUCUCUCAGCAUGAGCACCUGCUGCUCAGCACCACACUGGCAUCGCCGUCCGACUCCUCGGAGCUGCUCCUGGGGCCCGGCGAGAACGCCAAGAGACACAGCCCCAGCACGGCUAAAGAGAAUGGCUAUCACGAGAGGCCCCCAGGUCCCCUGGAACCCCCUGCUAAGCGCAUCUGCACCAUCUGCCCCGCCCCCAGGCACAGCCCUGCCCACCCCCUGCCUCUGACUGGCCAGCUGCCGACGCCCCCGCCCCUGCAGCACUACGCCCUGGAGGACAUAGCUGUACCACACCUGUAUCGCGAGCCCCAGAGGCUGCUGGAGCUGCGAGACCUCAAGGACAGGCCGCGCCUCUCAGGCACCAACGGAGCCUUCCGCGAGGAGCCCGUGGACCACAGGCUGACGGAGAGAGAGUGGUCAGACGAGUGGAGGCACCUCGAUCACGUGCUGAACUGCAUCGUGGACAUGGUGGAGAAGACGCGCCGCUCAGUCAGCGUGCUCCGCCGCUGUCAGGAGGCCGACCGGCAGGAGCUGCACUAUUGGAGGCGGCGCUCCAGCGAGCAGGAGGAGGCCGGGAAGGAGCGGCUCCAGCUUCCCCAAAGCCAGAGCCCGCGGCUGGGUGAGGGAGGACAGACCGAAAACCAGAGAGACUUUGUGCUGAGGCUUGGCUCUGCGUACGUGCCGGACGAGAUUUGGAGGAAAGCUGAGGAGGCUGUCAAUGAAGUGAAGCGGCAGGCAAUGGACGAGGUCCAGAAGGCGGUGGCUGAGGCCGAGCAGAAAGCCUUCGAGAUGAUCGCUGCCGAGAGGGCCAAGAUGGAGAGGACCCUCGCCGAGGCCAAGAGGAAGGCCACCGAGGACGCCUUCCAGGUCAUCAACGAGCAGGAAGACUCCAGCGAGUGCUGCCGGAACUGCGGGCGCAAGGCCAGCGAGACGUGCAGCGGCUGCAACGCUGCGCGCUACUGCGGUUCCUUCUGCCAGAACAAGGACUGGGAGAGACACCACCUAAUCUGCAGCCCGGGCCUGCAGGCCCAGCCCAAGGCCCACUCCGCUGCGGCUGCCAGGGCAACUGGGAAGGCUGACAGUGCCCCCACGCCCAGCCCUGGCACAGAGAAGGUUCCGGUCACUUCCAGAUCCUCUACUCCAACACCUGUUCCUGCUCCUGAGACCAAUGGACACUAAUUCAAGUCUGGACAUCCAACAGGACCUGACCAACAAGGAUAUUCAGCUAUCCACCAUUGUGGUCAAAAGGAGCUUAAAUGGGUUCUGGAUCCAGGAUUUUGAAAAUCCAGUUUUAAAAAACAGACUGUGAUCCCUCUUAAGACUAGGAAGAGGGGACCCUCCAUCCUCUGUUGGACACAUGGAUGAGUCAGUGUCUCUAUCUCGUCUGUGGAAAAAAAAAUCUAGAUUCUGGGCAAACUGAAACACGGGACUGAUAACGACACAAGGUUUGAAUUUUCACGUAAAAAUCCUUCCGCAUCUGAAGCUGUAACGUUAAGAACUUCCAUCAGGGUUUCCCUUCGUAUGGUCACUGCAUAUUCCACAUAUCAGCUUUAUCGUUUGUAUAUAUUGCUGAGAGAAUUAAAUCAACUUGAUGCUGGCCUUAUAAUUGCAUCUAUAUUGACCAUGCAUAUUUCACUGAAAAUGAUACAGAUUCUGUACUUAUCUUUCAAAAUGAUAAUCUGUCAUUCAUAUCGUAUGUCCUCAAAGAGUUACCUUUGGUUUCCCCAUAUCCUGUGUUUGUUUUUAAAUCAGUGGUCGCUCCGGAGAUUAACUGGACAUAACUACCCUAAUGCUAAAUAUUAUUAUGCUUCAGAGAUUACUAUAUUCAGGUAUACAAAGUAGUUUAUGCCACCGAAAUAUUCUGGUAUGUUUUUCGUACCUGCAUGUUGCCACACCGCAUCAGAAAUACAGAAACACCUUACCUUAUGUUGAUAUUAUGUGAAGUUGUGUUCAGUUGUGCACAAAAAAAUGCUCACUGGCCGGGAAAAUGACAUGGGAAUGAUGUACAACACAACUGGCCAAGCUAACUGUUCGAAGAACCAGGUCAGAAAUUUUAUUUUUAAAACGGUACCACUUUACUUUUUUUGUUGUUGUAUUUUUCACAGUUUUAUUGAUCUCAGGAGGAUAUUGUACAUUUGGUUUUGUUUAUUUCACUGUUAAAUAAAAUAAAAAAAUAUAGAAUGUC